GUGCUCCUUUCUCUUUCCAUCAUCACCUCAUUUAACAUCUGUAAUAUAAAAUAAUAAUGAGCUCUUUCACACGACCGCUUGCUCUAUGCACCAGAUCGACUUCUCAUCUCAGAGUGGCAAUGGCCAUCCGUCAAAAGUCCUCAUCAACCGCAGCAUCAACAACCUCAACAGAUCAUUCUCGUCCUCGAUUUCCCGAACUUUUUGACCAGACAAUUGUUCUCUCUAAUGGCGCCACGUUUACACUGCGGACUCCUUCCCCUCGUGCUCAGAUCCGUUUGACUCGUGAUACAAGAAAUCAUCCACUUUGGAACCCAGAGAUGCGUGGUAAUGCCACUGGUGACGACUCGGGCCAGCUUUCUCGUUUCGCUAAAAAAUUCGGAGAUAUGGAUGGUUUUGACGAUUUGGAUUUUGCAGACGGUGGAGAUGUGGAUCGUAAGACGCUGACUGCCAAACAAAUUGCACAAGCUACAACAACAUCAGGAAAGGGAAAGAAGAAGAAGUAAACUAGAAUACAAAAAGUAAUGCAUAUAUCCAUAUGCAUAUAUAUUAAUGACAAAAAAAAGGAACAUGGACUUCGACAACGAACUAUCAUCAGCAUUGACUAAAGCAUCGAAUAAUAAAAAAAAA